AUGUAUGUGAAAUGGUUUGAUACAGUAAUGUUUUACUAUGUGAUUUUAGUGUAUUGAGUGAAUGUCACUUUUUGUCAUUUUCAAAUUUCCCGCCGUUCCAUCCCCCGUACGUCCCGACGCUCGCAGGGGACGGAACCCAGAUGACAGAUGCCGGCAUCCGUCGGAUUACAUUGCCGGGGACACUGCAGGAGGGACAUUGCGGGAGCGCAAAACAAGGUAAAGUGAAGAACAGAUGCCGGAGCAGCGCCGCAUGGUAAGCCCGAGUGUAGCUCGGGGUUACCGCUUUUGCUACACUCGGGAAUACCGUCAGGGAGGCUAC